ACUCGCACGAGUACAAAACUGUCGAUAGACGACCGCGACGCGUCCAGAUUGGUACCCACCGCGUCAUUCGACGGAUAUCUCACUGUGGCUGUUUUUGUUGUCUCUCAUCGACUUAUAACAAUAUUGAUAUAAACGACACGCGCAAGUGUGUCACUGGGAAUAAAUAGUGUGUUGCAGCGGUAGCCGGUGCAAGAAUGAAUGCCACCACCAUUGCGACCACCAUCUUGGAAGAGAUGCCACAGUUCACAUGGCACGAUUAUUUGUUCUUCAUUAUCCUGCUUUUGCUCAGCGCCGCCAUCGGUGUAUAUUUUGGUUUCUUCCAGAAGAAAGAAGACAGUGCAGAUGAAUACCUUCUUGGCGGAAAAGAAAUGGGCGUGUUUGAGAUAUCCAUGUCUCUGAUUGCCAGUACAAUUUCCGGAAUAACAAUAUUAUCAGUGCCAUCGGAGAUUUACCGGUUUGGCUUCAGUUAUUGGCUGAGUAUAUUCUCAGCAGCUGCAGUUUUGAUCUUCUCAUACUUGUGCGUGAUUCCGGUGUUUACCAAACUGAAAACCCCGAGUACCUAUGAAUACUUAAAUAGUAGAUUUGAUGAAAGCAUUCGUGGUAUCUCAUCGUUACUGUUUACCAUGUCUAUGUUUUUGUACCUGCCUAUUGUGAUUUACAUCCCUGCAUUGGCCCUAGCGCAAGGGACCGGCUUUUAUAUACAUCAUAUCACACCUCUUAUUUGUGGUGUGUGUAUAUUUUAUACAACAGUUGGUGGGCUCAAGGCAGUAGUCUGGACAGAUGCACUACAAUUUGUUGUGAUGAUUGGAGCAACCCUAGUGGUAACUUAUGUUGGGACAACUGCAUCAGGAGGCAUUGGGGCUGUCAUGCGUGACGCCCAAGAUGGCGGACGCCUUGACUUAGAUUAUGAUGUAGACCCAACAAAACGUGAUACUCUUUGGACGAUAAUCCUUGGAAUGUUUUUCUUAUGGAAUGGAAUUAUCACGUUUGGUCAGGGUUGUGUUCAGAAAUGUUUAGCACUUCCCAAUUCUCGUAAAAUCCGCAACGCGUACAUUGCGUUCGGCAUUGGUAUCAUCGCGUUUUUCAGCUUCAGCACUUACAUUGGUCUAAUGAUGUACGCCAGGUACAAAACAUGCGAUCCGUACAUGAAUAAGAAAAUCAACAUUUACGACCAGAUCUUGCCUUUGUACAUACUUGAAGUGACGAGUAACAUUCCGGGUCUGCCUGGUGUAUUCAUUGCGGGUGUAUUCAGCGCAUCCCUAAGCACACUCUCCGCUGCAAUGAACGCAUUAUCAUGCACGCUUUACGAAGACUUUAUCUUGGCCCAUUUACCCAAAGAUAUCUCUCAACGAAAAAUCAAUUUAAUUCUUAAAACAAUUGUCAUAGCAGUCGGAGUUGUCUGCACCGCCUUGGUGUUUGUAGUGCAAAAAUUCAAAUCAAUUCUAGAAAUUGGUUUGACGUUUGGCAGUUUUACUCAGGGACCAGCAAUUGGCUUAUUUGCUUUGGGCAUGUUUGUACCUAAAGCCAAUACAAAGGGUGCACUAGCAGGAACUAUUGGUACUAUGCUCAUUAUGGGUUGGAUUAUUUUCACGAAAUUGUAUUACAAGAUGUCGGGAUACAUCACUGACCAUCCCAAAGUAGUAUCAACCGUGGAUUGCAUGUAUUCGGCAAACACAACAUUUCGAGAAUUUCCACCCGAGCCAACGUGGUCACCUCCAUUUAUCUAUAGAAUCACUCAUUACUACUACGGCAUGAUGGGCUGCCUUCUUGUACUUCUCAUUGGCAUUCCAGUCAGUUACAUGACCAGAAGUGGAAAAGAAAAACCCGUCUCCAAAGAUCUCAUCAGUCCGGCAAUGCAUUGGGCGUUGGAUAAAACAGUGCUGCCUGAAUACUACAGUGUCGCGAAAGCCAGCCAAAUAGUCGUGAACCAAAAAUAACCACUUAUUCUUGUAUUAUCUAGAUUCCUAGGUAUUAGCUUUGUUAACUUUGUACAUACACAGAUAUUUGUGGCAAAAUAUAAAUUAUUACGUUUGAAGAUAAGACUUACACGUAUGCGUAUUUACACGUGUUUUCAGUAUCAUCUUGGCAAAUAAUCAAAAUGACGUCUCACUUAAUAAAAUUUUACGUUAUGAAUAUUAAUUGUGCGUAGAAAAGCCAAGAACAACGAAAUUAAUGCGUAGAAUAGAACAUUAUACCUUCGGUGAAGACAUUGAAAGUUCAAUCAAUUAAAAAUAUGUUUUGAUGUCAUUGAUGUAAAUAAAACAAUUCCACUUGUUCGA